AUCUCCAACUUUUGCAUAUAUAAUAACAAAACUUUCUAUUCCCGUUUAGAUCGUCCAAUUCCACACCGUCAUUUGUCACCUCUCUUCCUCUCUUGAAGAGAACACAACACAUAAACAAAUUUCUAUGCCUUUAAAACCAACCAUUUCUAUCUUACUUGAAUUGCAUUGCAUCUCCUCUCUUCUCUUCUCUUCUCUCUGUUAACUGUAUUAACUAACCAAAACUCAUUCAUUUUCCUGUUCCACAUUUUCAAUACUCUGUUUCUUGGUUUCACAUCCAAUCUCACACCUCCAUUCAUCCAAUGGCUCAGUUUACCCACUCAGGUAAAUCUGAUGAUCACACUAAAGAAGAUUGCAAGGAAACAAGUGCAUUGGUGGUUUGUUUUGGUGAAUUGUUAAUAGACUUUGUGCCAACAGUGGGUGGAGUGUCACUAGCUGAAGCACCUGCUUUCAAGAAAGCUCCUGGUGGUGCUCCUGCUAAUGUGGCUGUUGGAAUUUCAAGGUUGGGGGGUUCAUCUGCAUUCAUUGGCAAGGUUGGGGCAGAUGAAUUUGGGUAUAUGUUGGCUGAUAUUUUAAAGCAGAAUAAUGUUGAGACGUCUGGCAUGCGGUUUGAUCCAGACGCAAGAACUGCAUUAGCUUUUGUUACGCUUAGAGCUGAUGGGGAGCGUGAGUUCUUGUUUUUCCGAAAUCCUAGUGCAGAUAUGCUGCUUCAUGAGUCAGAGCUUGAUCAGAAUCUCAUAAAGAAGGCUAAAGUAUUCCAUUAUGGUUCCAUCAGCUUGAUUGAUGAACCAUGCAAGCUAGCUCAUCUUGCUGCUUUGAGAAUCGCUAAAGAAUCUGGCUGCAUUCUUUCGUAUGAUCCGAAUUUGAGGUUGGCUCUAUGGCCAUCAGCUGAGGCUGCUCGAAAAGGCAUAAUGAGCAUAUGGGAUCAAGCCGAUGUCAUAAAGAUAAGUGAAGAUGAGAUCACAUUUUUGACCUGUGGUGAUGAUCCUUAUGAUGAUAAUGUUGUAUUAAAGAAGCUUUUUCAUCCUAAUCUCAAGCUUUUAAUUGUUACUGAAGGGUCAGAGGGUUGUAGAUAUUACAUAAAGGAAUUCAGGGGCAGGGUUACAGGUGUUACAGUUAAACCUGUUGACACAACUGGUGCUGGUGAUGCAUUUGUUAGUGGGAUCAUCAACAGCAUAGCUUCUGACCCAAGUCUUUUCCAGGAUGAGAAGCGUCUCCGAGAAGCUCUAUAUUUUGCCAAUGUAUGUGGUGCCAUCACUGUAACAGAGAGAGGGGCUAUUCCAGCACUUCCUACAAAAGAAGCUGUCCUGCAAUUUGCUGCAGUAUAGCAGCACUGACAGUUCAUUUGUCAUUAAAUGUAGUGUUGGUUUUUAAGCUAUGGCUCAGGUCAUGCUGAGCUUCUUGUAUCCCUUGUCUUUGGGGAUGUAUUUUUCUCAUAUAGAAUAAAUCCAAAUUGUGUUGCUCUCUCAAGUUAUGGCUUAUAGCAGGUGAGCAGACAGAUUAACGUUCAGGCUAAAGUGUUGUAGAUUUAAGAUCUGUAAUAAAUGGAAGGUAUAGAGAAGAUAAUGAAAAAAAGUUACUAAAGAAAAUUUCAGAUCAU